GACGCUGCUGCUGGGCGGACGGACGGCCAUAAUUCUUCCAGAGCGAUGGUGGUGGCGAGCGACGUCUUCCCGCUGGUGCACGCGCUGCUGACGGGCGCGGGGCUGAAGAAGGCGGCGGCCGCGCUGGCUAAGGAGGCCAAGCUGGAGCCCAAGGCCUUCAAGAGCGAGCACGACCUGCUCGAGGUCUACAGCUUCUACCUGACGCAGCGCAGCAUGAAGAAGGCCAAGGUGCCGGCCGCCUCCGUGCAGGAGUCGUCGAGCUCGGACUCGGACUCGGACUCGGACGACGACUCGGACUCGUCGGAUUCCUCCGACUCUUCUGACGAGGAAGAGGGGGAGAAGCCCAAGACCAACAAGCGCAAGGCUGAGACCCCUGCCGCUGGCAAGAGCAGCAAGAAGGCCAAGAAGGAGGCCGAGUCCAGCUCGGACAGCUCUUCCUCGGACGACUCGUCUUCUUCGUCGGACUCUUCCUCUUCGGAUUCGUCCGACUCGUCUGAGGACGAGGAGGCUCAGAAGAAGGAGGCUGCGCGUCGCGAGCAGGCCGCCAAGGCCGCGCUGGAGUGGCAGCCCAAGAAGAUCGAGAAGGUGGCCGUCAAGGCCAAGUCGGCGGGCACGCCGUUCCAGCGCGUGGACGACGAGUUCUGGUCGCAGAAGAUCGUGGACGACUCGCUGCGUGACAACAGCUACGAAGGCACGUUCGGCGCCGACGGCGUCGGUGUCAAGGCCAACAACAAGCUGCUCAAGACGCGCGGGAAGGACUUCACCAAGGGCAAGAACAAGCUCAAGCGCUCGACGUACAUGUGUGGCGCCAUCAGCAUGGCUUCCAACUCGUUCAAGUUCGAGGACUAG